AUAAGAAACUUACCAUAAUAAUUUUAUCAUAAAUUUUAAGAUGGAAUCGAACUCAAAAUCGAGAUAUAUGUAACUUAAUCGGUUGACCAAUAAUUGGAUUGGCCGGUACUUUUUAGUUGGAUCCUUUUUUUUUCAAUUUUUCAAUUACCUUUUUUUUUUGGGGCCGAUUUUGUCCAAUAAUUAAUCUCCUCCAUCGCACAAGUCAAAUCCCUUGAACCAUCUGAUCCUUUAUAUUUUUGCCUCAGCAUUGACUUCAAAAACACACAAACAAGAAACCAACAACAAGAACAAGAACAAAGAAGAAGCUUAACGAUGCAGAGAAAUGCAGCCGAGAAGAACAACAAGAUCAAGAAGAAGAAGAAUUUCAAAUUCUCAAUCAACGAUCACCUCGACGUUCUCACCGAAAUCCUCCGGCGACUCGACGGCCCCUCCCUCUGCGCCGCCGCCUGCGUCUGCCGCCUCUGGUGUGCCCUAGCCCGCAACGACGAUUCCCUCUGGGAGCACCUCUGCCUCCGCCACGCCUCCUCUCCGCCUCCCUCCGCCCUCCGCUCCGUCGUCCUCGCUCUCGGCGGCUACAAGCGCCUCUACAUGCUCUGCCUCCGCCCCCUCCUCGCCACAUUCAAUCGCCGCCGCUCCCAUUUCGUCCGCCGUGUUUCCACUCUCCAAGAUCACCUCCAACUCUCCCUCUCCCUCUUCUCCGUCGAUUGUUACGAGAGAAGCGGAAGGAUUGCCGGCGAUGCGGCGGCGGCGGCUCCGUCGCUCAGAUUCCUCUGUAAACCGGUGAACGUAUGAUUUCUUCUCAUCCUUUCAAUUUUUUGUUUCGGCGUUUAAAUUGAUUGAAUCGUCUCAUUUGGACAAUAAGGGACUCCUUUUUGUUCUUCUGAAUUUAAUUUCAAUUUACUUAACAUAUUAAUAAAU